GAGACCACCUUCGAUUGAAGUGUAGCUGACACUAGGAAACGCAUUUCAGGGUUUAAGCGGUGUGGAAUGGAACCUCCCAAACUCCAAACAACAAGAACAUAAAUGCUGUAAGCACUUUAUUUCGUUCCUUAUUUCUCGCUUCUUCACAUUGACAAUGAUUUAUAAUCGCCAAUUGCUUUCUUCUGCUACCAAUCUCUUCAAACUCACCCAUGAAUUCUCUCUUCUCUCCCGCGCUCACUCUUCCAUUUCUGCGCAACCCUUUACCCGAAAGUUAACGUUUUUGGCCUCUUCAUCGAUAUUUUCGCCCACCCCACGUUUGUGCAAUGACUCAAAUCUUGUGGGGAUGAGAGGCAUGAGAUGUUUCUGCCAUGACAGUGGUGGGUCUAAGGAGUGGACUGAGGAAAUUGAGUACUUAGAUGAAUCGGGUGGUGUUAUUUACAAGGGUAAGGGUGUGAGGUCUGUGGAGCCUGGUCUUGAUGAUCAUGUGAUGGUGGGUGAGGUGAAGAAGCCCUUUGUGAAUGCUCUGGCUGUAGCAAAAAUUGUUGAGGUUGUGAAGAGGUGGAAGUGGGGGCCGGAAUUGGAGACCCAAUUGGACAAACUACAGUUUGUGCCCAACAUGACUCACAUUGCUCAAGCGAUGAAAGUUAUUGGUGAUUCUGAUGCUUGUUUGAGUUUGUUUAGGUGGGCCAAGAGGCAGGCUUGGUAUGCUACAAGUGAUGACUGUUAUGUCAUGUUGUUUGAUGGGCUGAAUCAAAAGAGGGAUUUUGAGGGGAUUCAGUCGUUGUUUGAUGAGAUGGUUGGUGAUUCGGCUGAUGGGGUUUCCUUGUCUGCUGCGUGUAAUAGGGUGAUUAGGUACUUGGCUAAGGCAGAGAAGUUGGAGGUGUCGUUUUGCUGCUUCAAGAAAAUAGUGGAUGCUGGUUGUAAAGUUGAUACGGAGACGUAUAAUUCGCUCAUUACUUUGUUUUUGAACAAGGGUUUGCCUUACAAGGCAUUUGAAAUGUACGAGAGCAUGGAGAAAGUUGGCUGUUUGUUGGAUGGUUCGACAUAUGAAUUGAUGAUCCCCAACUUGGCAAAGUCAGGGCGUCUUGAUGCUGCUUUCAAACUCUUCCAAGAGAUGAAAGUGAGAGAUUUUCGGCCUGGUUUGAAUGUCUUUGUGUCUCUUGUUGAUUCUAUGGGGAAGGCGGGCAGGUUGGACAGUGCAAUGAAGGUUUACAUGGAGAUGCGAGGUUAUGGCUACAAGCCACCCCCUACCAUAUUUGUUUCUCUGAUUGAGUCUUAUGUGAAGUCUGGGAAGUUAGAAACUGCUCUAAGGCUUUGGGAUGAGAUGAGGAUGGCAGGGUUCAGGCCUAACUUUGGUUUGUAUACUUUGGUCAUUGAAUCCCAUGCAAAAUCAGGGAAGCUUGACAUUGCUAUGUCUACGUUUUUAGAUAUGGAAAAAGCAGGGUUUCUACCCACCCCAUCUACAUAUUCUUGUCUCUUGGAAAUGCAUGCUGCUGCUGGACAAAUUGAUCCGGCCAUGAAACUGUACAAUUCAAUGACUAAUGCGGGUUUAAGACCUGGCCUAAGCACUUAUACCGUGCUUUUAACUCUACUGGCUAAUAAAAAGCUGGUGGAUGUGGCUGCCAAAAUUCUACUUGAAAUGAAGACCAUGGGGUAUUCUGUAGAUGUGACAGCUAGUGAUGUUUUGAUGGUGUAUAUUAAGGAAGGUUCGGUUGAUCUUGCUUUGAGGUGGUUGCGUUUCAUGGGUUCAUCUGGGAUCAGAACCAAUAAUUUUAUUAUCAGGCAGUUGUUUGAGUCAUGCAUGAAGAGUGGGUUGUAUGAAUCAGCCAAGCCUCUUCUGGACACAUAUGUUAACUCUGCUGCUAAAGUUGAUUUGAUACUCUACACCUCCAUUUUAGCUCAUCUUGUUAGGUGUCAGGAAGAGAAAAAUGAGAGGCAUUUGAUGUCUAUCCUCAGUGCUACAAAGCAUAAGGCACACACUUUUAUGUGUGGACUUUUCACAGGCCCAGAACACAGGGGACAGCCGGUGUUAUCUUUUGUUCGGGAAUUCUUUCAAGGUAUUGAUUAUGAAUUAGAGGAGGGUGCUGCUAAGUACUUUGUCAAUGUUCUUCUCAAUUACCUAGUUCUUAUGGGGCAGAUAAAUCGAGCUCGAUGUGUUUGGAAGGUUGCUUAUGAGAACAAACUUUUCCCAAAGGCUAUAGUGUUUGAUCAGCACAUUGCUUGGUCCCUUGAUGUUAGAAACUUGUCAGUCGGAGCUGCUCUUAUUGCAGUAGUGCAUACUCUUCAUAGAUUCAGAAAGCGCAUGCUAUAUUAUGGCAUUGUGCCAAGACGGAUAAAAUUGGUUACCGGAGCAACUUUGAAGAUUGUGAUUGCACAGAUGUUUAGCUCAGUAGAAUCUCCUUUUGAGGUGAGUAAAGUGGUUCUUAGGGCAUCAGGAGAUUCAGUCAUGGAGUGGUUUAAGAAGCCAAUUGUUCAGCAGUUUCUUCUUAACGAAAUUCCAUCCAGGUCUGAUAUUCUAAUGCACAGGCUGAACAUACUUUUCCCUAGUUCUGCACCUGAAGUUAGAUCUCUAUCUCCUCCUAAGCCUCUCAUUGCAGUCAGGGAAAUCUAAGCAAUUUUGAUAUCUAUGGUUAGUAACUGGCAUUUGAAGUUUUAUUGUUAGUCCAAUGUCGUAGAGUGCUGCACAGUGCGAAAGUGAUCCUUAAAAAUUGUACCAUUUAAGAAUUUGGAAUAUAAUAUAACUCUGAUGAUUCACAUUUUUCACCUUUUGAAGCAGAUGAAGAUACUAUCCGAAGAUUAGUUUAUAAAU